CAUUCAUUAUAAUCACUCUCAUGGCACCGUGGCUGCUCCUGUACUGCUGCCACCAUUCAUAGGCUGCCUGGUGAUCACAGCUCCACAUCACACCUCACAAACACACACAGAUUAGCUGCAGCAGCCACCUCCUAUCUCUCCUUAGUCCUUCCUGCAUAGGUUGAUAUAUACUCUGAACAAGGAAGAGAGAUGACCAGUGUGUGGAAGACCAAGGUUCUGCCUGGCCUCAACAAGAUCUUUGACAAGGAUGGCAAGAAGGCUGCUGCUGUAGGCUUCUUGAAGUCCUUCAACAAGGAGGAGAUUGGCAAGGAGAUUGAGGACAAGAAGACAGAACUGGAGCCCAAGGUUGUGGAGACUUAUGAAGCAUCUCCUCCUGAGGUUAAGGCUCUGUUCAAGGAUAAGAAGCCAGUCAAGAUCAGCAAGAAGAACUCGGCUGCAGUUACCAAGUUCCUCGAUGAGCUGGCUAAGAUUGACUUCCCUGGAGCCAAGGUGGUGAGCGAGGCGGUGGCCAAGUCCGGCACCACGCCCCUGUCUCCGGCGAUCACCUUCAUCUUGGACAAGGUUGCACCGUUCAUCCCCGAGGAGCCCAAGGUGGAGCCGGCGGCUGAGGUUGAGGCCACCUCCCGGGAAGUCGCCGUGGAGGAGAAGAAGGAGGAGGCCGAGCCGGCUGCCGCCGAGGAGGCCGCGCCGGCGCCGGCAGAGACGCCGGCGGCAGAGGAGAAGAAGGAAGAGGAGGAGGAGAAGAAGGAGGAGGAGGCGAAGCCGGCUGCCGAGGAGGCGGCGCCACCGGCAGCAGCUGCUACUGAGGAGAAGUGAUCCGGCCGAUCCGAUUGAUGGAGCAAAGCUGCUGGUAAAUUAAAUUAAGUUACCGUGAGAUUAAAAAGUUACUGGAUCAUCACUGCUUGUCAACCACGUAGAUGCGUAGAUCGAGUUAAAAUUAAGUGAUUAAGUCAUCAGACACACACUUGGCAUAAUUUGUUAUUCUUUUCUCUACUGUCACCUCGAUGGAUGGACCUUGCUGUGUACAUUUGUAAUGUGGGGUUUUCUUUGUUUUUGAUUUGGGGGUGAUUAUUACAAAUGUGUAAUUAUUUAUAUUGAUAUGUUUGUUGAUAUGAUGGAUGGACGUAUUUAAGAAGACAAACUCUUGUGCAUAUAAUUUCCUUUU